AUGAAGAUCAAUGAAGACAUAAUCAAACUGACCAUUGUCCACACCUGGUCACAUGAUCAGUCACACUCUGCUAUGAUUGGAUCAGCAUAUAGAAAAGGGGAAAGGGGGUUACUCUGCCCACCUGGACAAGCGUGUAAAACAAAACUUAAAGCUCCUGCUGUGUGUGAACAGCGGUGCUACCUCUACAACACGCCAGGGGGAGCUGUUUCCAUCAAGACUGCGUUACAGACCAGACCAGAUCAGACUGGGUCAGAUCAGGUCAUGAUAUCAUUUUGUUUUGCUUUUUGGUAUUUUUUUUCCUCUUCUUUUAUUUUGAAAGGCACUGGUUUCCUGUUAACAUGGCUCUUAUUUUGGUAG